ACCAACAAUACUCAGAUUGCUUCUGUGUGAUCUGACCCUAGUAUGAAAGGCUUGAACCAUUAGUAAGAAGUAGUAAAACCGGUCCUGAGGUCUCGCAAUGUGUAACGCCACAAGAUAGCACAAUGAUAACCUACAGCUAGACGGGUGUGAGCAUAGGUCGGACGAGUUCAAAGGUUAGAGUUCCCUACAUUUAUUUGUUUUCAUUAUCAAAAAUACCAAAUAUGAUGAAGCCCUACAGAGUUGUAGUCAAUUGUAUGGUAAUUGUACAUUUUCACCAUUGACAAAACAAUCACAUUAUAUUAAAUGAACCCUAGGCCUGUGUUGACCUCAAUUCCACUAAUUGUGCCUCUCUCUCUUGCACAUAUCUUGUUCGACGGGUCGUGCCUUAGCUAUUUGUAACCGACUAUGGACGAAAAGGACUGACGGGGCCCCAAGAAUGACCUUAAAGAAACUUCUCACCUACGGACUCGCCACUGGAGUCUUUACUACACUGUUAUUGUUUACAAUUCACCAGUCUAAUCUACCCCAUGUUGCAAGCUCUCGGGUAGUAAAUGAAAGACAAGUAUUCCAAGCCAACCUACCAACAAAGAACACUCUAAGUCAUGAAGAACAAACAAGACCGACUUCAAAGAAAGAUGAGGAAGUCGUUUCAAGUUCGUGUGUCGCACAGAAGAAAUUCGUCUUUAUCAAGACCCACAAGACAGGGACUACCACAACAAUCAACAUCUUCCAACGUUACGCCAUUUACAACAAACUGAAGGUGUUGAUGCCAGUGGGCCAGGGUCCGCUUAGUUGGCCGUUCCCCCCAAAAGAAAAUGAGUACGUCCACACACCAGACGAAAAGUACGACGCACUGAUGCACCAUUUUGUCUACAACAAGACGUGGCUACGGAGCAAGUUUCCACCAGAGACAAAGUACAUAUCUAUAAUAAGAGAGCCAUUCAGCCAUCUCAAGUGCCAGAUGAGUUACUACCACCUAGCAAAGAUUCUUCGGGUUAAUGGCCAUGGAAACGCCGUGAAGGUGUUCUUGCAGAACCCCUGGCGGUACAGGAACAGGUCUGAAACAUUCUUCCCUCACGUGAACAUCACGUGGGACGGUACCAGGAACCCCAUGACCUUUGACAUGGGGUGGCCGGCCGAGAGGGCAGAUGAAGAAGAGGAAGCUCGCAAGUACAUCAGCCAGUUAGACGCUGACUUCGACCUCGUGAUGAUCCUAGAACAUUUGGACGAAUCUGUCGUUCUUCUGAGGCGUCUGAUGUGUUGGGAACUCCGAGACGUUUUAUUGUACUCUAAGAGUAAAAACACGCGUCCUUACUCGUACAAGACGUACGUGGCGACACCAGAAGAACUGGAGAACCAUCGUAGGUGGAGCGCCAUUGAUUACAUGCUGUACAACACGUUCAACAACUCACUGUGGCGAAAGAUCAAUGCUCAGGGUCCAGAUUUCUAUGACGAGGUUACCUAUUACAGACGCACCAAGAAUGAAGUGAGUGAGUUCUGCACCAGAACAAAGGAAAGAGACAGUAUAGGGAAACAACCCAUGGUUGUAGCCCCAUCGAAAUGGAAUGCUGAAUUUAAAGUGGACAAGACGUACUGUUCGUACAUAACAAAAACAAGGACGAUGUCCCUCGACAAGGUGAUGAAAGGACGAAGAUAUACCAACAAAGAGUUGAGCUACACCGUGAUCGAUCAAAUCAUUAACUACAGGCUUUUGAGCAGGGGACUUCCGACAUUCAAUAGUAGACAUGACGCCCAUGCAGCUGGCAUUCAAAAAUUGCGUACAAGAUUAUUCGUGGACAAAAGGCCUAAAUAAUGCCAUACACUGUGUCGUAUGUAAAAUGUGUGCUUUUUAUAUGGUAUAGCUAGCUUGGUCGACAUUUUGUAUGUAGAUAUUAGAAAGCUCGCUUAUGAUUAGAAUGCACUGUCUGUAAUUUGCUCCAUGUGUGGUAACUACACAAGGAACAAAUUGCAGAGAGCACAUUCUUAAAAGAGUUUGCGCACAAGAUUGUACGUGGACAAACGACCUAAAUAAUGCCGUACAUUGUGUCGUAAAAUACGUGAACAAACUGCAUAAAUAAUGUCGUACAUAGUGUCGUAAAAUACUAUGGUAUUUUCUGUAUAUCUACUUUGAUGUGCAUCACAUCUUUGCUGAAUGGUUACCUAUGGUGGUAUAUUCCCAUGUGGAAUACACGUCAUGUAAGCUUUAAGU